AUGUCAACGACGACAACUACAACAACCCUCCUAACAAAAUGCAACCCCCUCGCCCCACAACUCACAGAAACCGUCCACACCUACCUAGACAAAACCUGGUCCUUCUCCAGCGCAAACUACAAGUCCGCGUUCUUCGAAAUGGACUUCCCCCGCCUCCUCGCUCUCUUCUGUCCCGAGGGACCACUGGAUAGACUCGAGAGCGCGGCGCUGUUUGUGUGUUUAACUGGGAUUCUGGACGAUGCAUUCAGCCAAAUGUCUAUCCCCGCGUCCCGCGAAAUAGGGGCGAAACUGCUCCAUAUCAUGCAGGGGACCGCGAGUGCAGAUCUAUCGAAUCCACUAGAGAAGAUCCUGAUGAAAAUAAUCAACGAUAUGAAGACCCAGAACGAGGAGCUCGCGAACGACGUCCUUAAAGGAGCCAUUGCGCUGUUCCAUGCGCAGACCAGUAAGGCGCGGCUGGAGGUUGCGCAGCUUGAUGAGUAUUUUGGGUUUAGAUAUGGGGAUGUGGGUGGGGAGUUUUUUACAGCGUUGAUACGCUUUGUAGAUAACAUCGUUCUCACAGGUUCUGAGAGGGAUGAUUUCCAGUAUCUGGAAAGGACUGUCGUCAGGCAUAUGAUUAUUGCAAAUGACAUCUUGUCCUGGGAAAAGGAGCUUAAGGAGGCCGCUGAAAGUAAUCAGGAAGGCGCGGAGCUUUGUUCGGCUAUUCCCAUCCUGACGAGGAAUCUGGGGAUAGGGUUUGAGGGCGCGAAGAGGGUGCUUUGGGUGACGGCAAGAGAGUUGGAGGGCGAGAUGGAAGGGUUGGUUGAGGGUUUGGAACUCUCGCCUCAAGGGGAGAGGUACGUUCAGGCCUUGAAAUAUAUGGCAAGUGGAAAUGAGCAGUGGUCCGGCACAACAAGCCGGUAUAAGAUUUAUUAA